AUGAAGUUCUCUGUCGCCACCAUCGCCGUCCUGGCCACCGCUGUUACCGCUCAAUACGGCCAGCCUCAGCAACAGUAUGGCCAGCAAGCCCAACAGCCCCAGCAGUACCAGUCAUUCCCUCCUCAGCAGCAGUACGGUGGAUACUCCGCUCCAGCUGCUCAGGCCAAUAAGUACUCUCCGGCCGAGUACCAGGAAUGGCACCAAUGUGUUGACAGCUUCCUCGAUGGUUUCAACCUCGGCAAGGACGGCAGUGCCGCUGGCUGCCAAUACUGGACCUGCAUCGAGGGUGUCGCCACCAAGUAUGGCCGAGGAGGUGCUCUUGCCACCGCUGGCAACCUCGUUAGCAAGGCCUGCGCUGCUUCUAGCUUCCUUCCUCACUGGAUUUAG